AUUCGCAAAUGUAAACAACUCGGAGGAAUUUAUCGACAAAAUUGCGAUAAAUUUACACGUGGAUUUUUGUCUAAUACUAGUAUGUAAACGAGUGGACAGUCAUACAAUUUGAGGAUUGGCUUAAAAAAACAAAAGCAAUCUAAUACUAAUAGCCAAAAAUGCAAUGAUGUUGGUGGAAUUCUGUGAAAACAACUUUUUAUGUUUAAUUUCUGAUGGGGACAAGUGAUCCGCUGUGACGGUGGGCUGAGACAUCGGAAGGGGCCAUAUUGCCUCGGAGAUAGUCAUUCCCGGCGCUCUGUUACGGACAGCCUAUAACUUUCAAAUCGAUCAGACGCUUCGCAUCUAUUGACAAAAGUAUAAAAGUGUUUCAUCACAGAAACUGUUGCCACUUUAAUGGUUUGGGAUAUCCUGUCUGAUUCUUCCCGAUCUAAAAGCCAAUUUAACCAAAGCAUCCGGUGCUGAGACAAAGAUUUUUCAUCGAGGCUCGGGAGUUUGAUAGGAGGUGACAAGGAGUUUGUGCGUGGACAAUGAAUGUACCACUGGUAUAGAAAUGCUUUUAAAGCGUGAAUGAAAUUUUGAAGAGAAAAAAAACAAAAUCCAAUGAUCCUGGGAUUUUAAACGCACUGUGAAAUAAUUGAACCAAAAGAGACGCAGUUGACAUGGAUAUUUGAUGUACUUUUUUAUAUUUGAUGUAUUGAGGAGUUAGGUCUAUAGACUGACAAGCUAACCUGUUAAUCAAAGAAUAAUUACAAUUGCCAUUGCUGCCAUGGAUUAUAACGACGGGGAUUUGCUCUAUGGCGCCCCUGGUUUGGAACCGGAUGAGGAAUCGACCACCGUGUUCAUCAGCACUCUCCCUCCCGUAUCCGUGGCUAAACCGAGGGAGUUCUGUCCAGUUUGGUUACGAACUCUUGAUUGGCCCAACACCACAACCAUUGAGGACAUCAAUGGAAAAUUUCGUCAACGAAAUAUCCCCGGCAUUUAUUUCAUCUCUUUGCAAAUGUUACUGGGCUUAGUGGGAAACUUGUUGGUGAUUGUCUUAUACUGCACUCGAUUCAAAAUUUCAAAUUACCGAGUUUUUGUCUUAUUCCUGGCCUGUCUAGAUCUUAUCAACUGUGUUUUGGUAAUGCCGUUUGCAAUCUUAUAUCUAUAUUUUCCAAUAAAUUUUCCUUCGAACUUUAUUUGCAAAGCCGGACAUUUCAUAGGUUUCUUCGGAGGUGUAGCAUCACCGCUGAUGCUAGUGGUAAUUGCCAUCGACCGGUUCCGCAAGGUGUGUAGACCAUUGAAGAAACAAAUUACCGAAAAGCAAGCCAAAAUGAGCUGCACGAUAAUCGUUUUGAUCACUCUAAGUGUCACGUGGUUUACACCUUGGUUUUACGGGAACACGACCAUAGAAACAAACAUACAUGGCAUUAUUGGCACAAGGUGCUUCAGAGCUGAGAGUCAAUUCUUUUUGUCUUUGUCUAAAUGGUAUUACAAUGUCUUAAUGUGCAUGUUUCUUGUCGUCACUGUAUUUUUGUCAGUUUUAUAUUACUUUAUUAUGAAAAGAGUUCAUAGUCAUUCAAAGUAUUUCUCAAGCCAACGCAAGGAUUCGGUUGGAUCGUGUAGCAAAAAUGUUCAAACCAGAAAAUCGACGGUAACCUUUAUGAUAAUAACUAUUGUGUACGUCAUUAGUACACUUACCCAUGAUGCCUUGGCAAUGAUUUUGCAUCUAAAAUCAGACCUGGAAUGCGACCUUACGUUUACGUCGGGCACGAUAUACUACACCUUUUUCUGGACGGUGUUUCUGAACAACGUGUCCAAUCCUUUCAUUUACGGUCUGUCGGACGACAGAUUUUCCUCGCUGGUGAAAGAAUUAUUCCAGAAAAAAGAUCCUGGAUAUUCGAGAUCGACACUGAGCAAAGGUAGAUCAAACUCAAACAGGAGUUCUACGUUAUCUAGUAUGCUCACCCAGUUCCACAGACAAUACACUUUGACCAAACCUUACAGACAAUCUGGAGUUUCCCGAAAACAAUCCGUCGUCAGUAGAUCAUCCACACAGUCAAGCGUGUUCCGGAAACAUUCUGUAAACAGCAAGAAUUCUCAGACGCCAGAGGUUCCCGAAAACCAAGCUGUUGUAAGGAAGCUUUCAUCUGAAACAGGUCUAUGAUUCCUUUAUUAAAUCAAAUUGAGUUAUCAAGUUUUUAAACACAAAGACGUUUUUUGUAAUAACAUGCAUUUCUUUAAAUUUCAUUUUCUAUAUGCAUGUACGCUUCUAUUGUUGUUGGAAUGAUGCUAUUUUUUUGAAGACUUUAUUGUGUGAUUAGCAAAGCUAAGAUAGAAUUAAUUGAGUGAGUUUGUAUUUUAUUAUGAUGUUGCAUGUAAUUGUUUGUCUUGAAGACUUUAAACUGUUUUUUUG